AUGACCUUCGUCUUCACAGCCCUCCUGGUCUAUCUGGGUAAAGUUCUGACAAGGGACUCUCUUCUAGGGUUGAGUCUGGGCCGAGUGACCUCAGUGUUGGCAGGGAAUGCUCCCAAGCCAACCCUCACCAUUCAGUCAGGAUCAGUGGUUGCCAGAGGGAAGCAGGUAACCAUCUCAUGCGAGGUGAUCACAGGGGCCCGGGAAUACCGUCUUUACAAAGAGGGGGGUCCACAUCCCUGGCACACACAGAACACACUGGAGGCCACAAACAAGGCUGAGUUCUUGAUCCCAUCAAUUGAACAUCGAUACGGAGGGAGAUAUCGAUGUUACUAUAAGACCCCUGCUGGGUGGUCAGAGCACAGUGACCCUCUGGAGCUUGUAGUGACAGGAUUCUACAGUAAACCCAGCCUCUCUAUCCAGGCCAGCACUGUGGUGACCUCAGGAGAGACUGUUACCCUUCAGUGUGGCUCACAGCUGGGAUUUAGCGGGUUUGUCCUGACUAAGGAAGGAGAACAGAGACCUUUCUUGAUCCUGGACUCAGUGUUCAUAAACUCUACUGGGCAGUUCCAGAGCUUGUUUCCUGUGGGCCCUGUGAACUCCAGCCAGAGGUGGACGUUCAGAUGUUACGGCUAUCACAUGACCAGCCCCCAGGUGUGGUCGGAACCCAGCGAUCCCUUGGAAUUAAAUGUAUCAGGAGUAGUUCAGCCCCUUGGGCCAUCACCAAACAUGUCAGACCCCAAGGCAGUCUCGAAGCCCCAGGAUUACACAACGGAGAAUCUCAUCAGGAUGGGGUUGUUGCUCUUGGUCCUUGUACUCCUGGGCAUUCUGCUGUUUGAAUCUCAGCACAGCCAAAGACCCACCCAACACGAAGCCAGGAGAGAAAUUAGGUCAUCUGUCAAGGUGGCAGAAACCUUGGAAUGAAUCUGAGGAUCUCAGGUGGUUCUGGGACACACAGUGGGGAACCAUUUUCAGGGACUAUCCAGGGAGCAAAUGUGGUUUGAAUGUAAGGAAACAUCUGGGUGUAGUGGUGGAGAGUU